AUGUCUUGCUUAUGGGCAUUAGACCUAGAUGCUCUACGGCUAAUUAUAGGGCAUUUGGAAAAUGAUAAACCAUCGCUUCUUCGAGUAAUGCUACUUGGCAAGGUGGUCUAUUCUUUGGCCGUGCCGAUACUAUAUCGGUCUAACUCUUUCGACGAGAUCGAAGAGGCGUACAAAUUCUUUCAGACUCUCAACAAGCACUCUCAAUACCUCGGACCCUUUGUCCAGAGAAUACAGCUUUACAAUACAUACGGGACUGCACAAAUGCUUUGGUCGGUGACAACAAACAAACUCAUACACCUUGUCCAAAAAACUCUUCCUUUACUAUCUAACUUGCGGGAUCUGCGCAUAUCUGGCUGCGAAUUCAAGACUAGUCUGGACGCUCAUCCACCGUUUUAUCUGCGUUCAUUGAGUCUUUCUCUUCCCGUGCCGGCCUCGCCAUGGGAUUUCUUAAAAACCCAAAAGUCUUUGAAGCGGCUGGAACUUCGCUCACAUUCGACACACAAGCGCCAGAACAAGACAGACUGCUUGUGCAUCGACGAUAUUCGCCGCACCUCUCUAUUUCCCGAACUGAACAAUCUCACUGCAUGUUCAGAAUUGUUCGUAACUCUUGCUCCAGGAUGCCCAAUAACCGAUGCAGGGGAUGAUGAUUACUGGCAAUCUUCAGAGCUAGUUGAUCGAAACUCAGCCGACGGCCCGCCCACACCCCCGGAACUGUUCAGUGAACUUAAAGCUCUUCGGCUAUUAGUAAUUGAGAAGCCAAGCAGGCAAUCAUCAAUCGUUUUUAAUUCAGAAGCAGACACGCUUCGCUUUCAGGCAAAACCAGCAUUACGCUCAGUUUGGAGUCAGGUUGAGGCCGCCAGGUUAUGGAAAGGGCGCUGUACCAGGCUCUCCAGUGUUAAAAUCUAUGGCGAAAAGCUUGACAUUAUGGCUGUUUCAGUAUAA